GCCUUACAGGGAGAAUUUACCUCAUGAGGGUUUUCUUGGCAACGAAGACCCCAGAUUUGACCCUAGAGGUAGAGAAGCCAUGACUGGUUCUUUCCGAGGUCCUCCAAAUGAAAGGAUGCAGCCAAGAAAUGCAAGACCAUUGGGAGGACCCAUGCCUCGGCAUAUGGAAGGACCAAUGAGUGACAGCAUGCAUCCUAGAGAGCCUCAAUUCAUGGAUGAAGCUAUGAAUGAAAGAAUGUAUCCCAGGGAAGGUCCUAUGAAUGAAAGAAUUCCACAAAGAAAUACAAGGAUCAUGGAGGCACAAAUGGGUGAAAGGGUACAUGCAAGAGAUGCAGCCUAUAUGGAAGAUCCCAGGAAUGAAAGGAUGCCCCCAAGAGAUGCGCCAUUUAUGGAGGAUCCUAUGAAUGACCAGUUGAACCUAAGAGAUGCCAGAGCAGGUAAAGGCUUAAGAAAUGAAAAGCUACACCCACAAGAACUGCGAGGCUUGGAGGGGCUGGUGAAAGAAAGGGUGCAUCUCAUGAAAGGCCCAUUACCUGAACGAAUGCAUCCAAACCCUUCACGGCACAUGGAGGUUUCCAUGAGUGAAAGGAUGGACCCAAGAGAGGGACAAAAUAUGGAAGCGCCUGCUUAUGACCGGAUGCAACUAAAAGACCCAAGAGCCAUGGAUGGUUCUAUGUAUGAUCGAAUGCAGCUAAAAGACCCAAGAGCUAUGGGUGGUCCCAUGAAUGUUCGAAUGCCCCUAAGGGGUGCACGUCCUGUGGAAAACCCCAUGGUUGAUCGAAUGUACCCAGGAGGUGCAAAAGCCAUAGAUGGCUCUACUAAUGAACAUAUGUAUACAAGAGAUACACAAGCCAUGCAAGGCUCCAUGAAUGAUGGCAUGUACCCUAGAGUUCCACGCCCCAUGGAAAACCCUAUGAAAGGUCGAAUAUACCCAAACACUCCUCGAGCCACAGAUGGUUCCAUGAAUGAAUGGAUGCAGCAAAGUAAUGCAAGAGCUAUGGAAAGGCCUGUAAAUGAGCGGAUGCAUCCAGGUAAUAGUGUACUUCAAAGAGAGCCACGACCAAUGGAUGGAUCAAUGCAUGAAGAUUUUGGAAGGCCAUUUGAAGUGAGGAAUCCUGCAGAAGAAGCUCUCAGGGCACCUAACAGGUUUGCUCCCUACCCCCCGAAGAAGCCAUCUGAAGCCCAGGGGUUAAGAGGACCACAUGAUAUGGUUCCUCCUGCGCGUCCCCUUGGUAUGCCUGAGAUGGAUGCCCGCUUCCCACCAAGAAGCAGAUUUCAGUAACCAGUGUUUUCAUGAAGUACUGGGACACCUAU